UUCCCCUCCUCUUCCCUUUCCCCCUCCCCGCCCCCACCUCCUUCCUCCUUUCCGAAGGGCUGGUAACUUGUUGUGCGGAGCGAACGGCGGCGGCGGCGGCACCAUCCAGGCGGGCACCAUGGGCACGUCCGCGCGCUGGGCGCUCUGGCUGUUGCUCGCGCUGUGCUGGGCGCCCGCGGACAGCGGCGCCACUGGAGCCGGCAGAAAAGCCAAAUGUGAGCCCUCCCAAUUCCAGUGCACCAAUGGCCGCUGUAUAACCCUGCUGUGGAAAUGUGAUGGAGAUGAAGACUGUGUCGACGGCAGUGAUGAAAAGAACUGUGUGAAGAAGACAUGUGCAGAGUCUGACUUUGUGUGCAACAAUGGCCAGUGUGUUCCCAACCGGUGGCAGUGUGAUGGGGAUCCAGACUGUGAAGAUGGUUCUGACGAAAGCCCAGAACAGUGCCAUAUGAGAACAUGCCGCAUAAAUGAAAUCAGCUGUGGCGCCCGUUCUACUCAGUGUAUCCCAGUGUCCUGGAGAUGUGAUGGUGAAAAUGAUUGUGACAGUGGAGAAGAUGAAGAAAACUGUGGCAACAUAACAUGUAGCCCAGAUGAGUUCACUUGCUCCAGUGGUCGCUGCAUCUCCAGGAACUUUGUGUGCAAUGGCCAGGAUGACUGUAAUGAUGGCAGCGAUGAGCUGGACUGUGCCCCACCUACCUGCGGUGCCCAUGAGUUCCAGUGCAGCACCUCCUCCUGCAUCCCCAUUAGCUGGGUAUGUGAUGAUGAUGCAGACUGUUCGGACCAGUCAGAUGAGUCCCUUGAGCAGUGUGGCCGCCAGCCUGUUAUACACACCAAGUGCCCGGCCAGCGAGAUCCAAUGUGGCUCUGGCGAGUGCAUCCACAAGAAAUGGCGAUGUGAUGGGGACCCCGACUGCAAAGAUGGUAGUGAUGAGGUCAACUGUCCUUCUCGAACCUGCAGACCUGACCAAUUUGAAUGUGAGGAUGGCGGCUGUAUCCAUGGCAGCAGGCAGUGUAAUGGCAUCCGAGACUGUGUUGAUGGUUCUGAUGAAGUCAACUGCAAAAAUGUCAAUCAGUGCUUGGGCCCUGGAAAAUUCAAGUGCAGAAGUGGGGAAUGUAUAGACAUCAGCAAAGUGUGUAACCAGGAGCAGGACUGCAGAGACUGGAGUGAUGAGCCCCUGAAAGAAUGUCAUGUCAAUGAAUGCUUGGUAAAUAAUGGUGGAUGUUCCCAUAUCUGCAAAGACCUAGUUAUAGGCUACGAAUGUGACUGUGCAGCUGGGUUUGAACUGAUAGAUAGGAAAACCUGUGGAGAUAUUGAUGAAUGCCAAAAUCCGGGAAUCUGCAGUCAAAUUUGUAUCAACCUAAAAGGCGGUUACAAGUGUGAAUGUAGUCGUGGCUAUCAAAUGGAUCUUGCCACUGGCGUGUGCAAGGCAGUAGGCAAAGAACCAAGUCUGAUCUUCACUAAUAGAAGAGACAUCAGGAAGAUUGGCUUGGAGAGAAAAGAAUAUAUCCAACUUGUUGAACAGCUAAGAAAUACUGUAGCUCUUGAUGCUGACAUUGCUGCUCAGAAACUGUUCUGGGCUGAUCUCAGCCAAAAGGCCAUCUUCAGUGCCUCAAUUGAUGACAAGGUUGGUAGACAUGUUAAAAUGAUCGACAAUGUCUAUAAUCCUGCAGCCAUUGCUGUUGAUUGGGUGUACAAGACCAUCUACUGGACUGAUGCGGCUUCUAAGACUAUUUCAGUAGCUACCCUAGACGGAACCAAGAGGAAGUUCCUGUUUAACUCCGACUUACGAGAACCUGCCUCCAUAGCCGUCGACCCAUUGUCUGGCUUUGUUUACUGGUCAGAUUGGGGAGAACCAGCUAAGAUAGAAAAAGCAGGAAUGAAUGGAUUUGACCGACGUCCGCUGGUGACAGCCGAUAUCCAGUGGCCCAAUGGGAUUACGCUUGAUCUUAUAAAAAGCCGCCUCUAUUGGCUUGAUUCCAAGUUGCACAUGUUGUCCAGUGUGGAUUUGAAUGGCCAAGACCGGAGGAUAGUACUGAAGUCUCUGGAGUUCCUGGCUCAUCCUCUUGCACUAACAAUAUUUGAGGAUCGCGUCUACUGGAUAGAUGGGGAAAAUGAAGCAGUUUAUGGUGCCAAUAAAUUCACUGGAUCAGAGCUGGCUACUCUAGUCAACAACCUUAAUGAUGCUCAAGACAUCAUUGUCUAUCAUGAACUUGUGCAGCCCUCAGGUAAAAAUUGGUGUGAAGAAGAUAUGGAGAAUGGAGGAUGUGAAUACCUAUGCCUGCCAGCACCACAGAUUAAUGAUCACUCUCCAAAGUAUACCUGUUCCUGUCCCAAUGGCUACAAUCUAGAGGAAAAUGGACGAGAGUGCCAAAGUACUUCAACUACUGUGGCUUACAGUGAGACAAAAGAUGCCAACACAACAGAAAUUCCACCAACGAGUGGACUAGUUCCUGGAGGGAUCAAUGUGACCACAGCAGUAUCAGAGGUCAGUGUUCCCCCAAAAGGAACAUCUGCUGCCUGGGCCAUCCUUCCUCUCUUGCUAUUGGUGAUGGCGGCAGUAGGUGGCUACUUGAUGUGGAGGAAUUGGCAACACAAGAACAUGAAAAGCAUGAACUUUGAUAACCCUGUGUACUUGAAGACCACUGAAGAGGACCUCUCAAUAGACAUUGGUAGACACAGUGCUUCUGUUGGACACACGUACCCAGCAAUAUCAGUUGUAAGCACAGAUGAUGAUCUAGCUUGACUUCUGAGACCAGUCUCAACCUCUAAGGUAUAAACCAAUAAUGCCCCACUUCGGAAUGGUAACCAAGCCAGCAGCUGAAGUCUCUCUUCCUCCUGUCUGGAAGAUUAUCAAGAUCUCUUUGCGUGGAUCAAGCUUGUGUACUUGACCAUUUUUAUAUGACUUCUGUAAAUAUUCUUGUCCACAUUCUACUUCAGCUUUGGAUGUGGUUACCAAGUAUCUGUAACCCUUGAAUUUCUAGACAGUAUUGCCACCUCUGGCCAAAUAUGCACUUUCCCUAGAAAGCCAUAUUCCAGCAAUGAAACUUGUGCUAUAGUGUAUACCACCUGUACAUACAUUGUAUAGGCCACCUGUAAAUAUCCCAGAGAACAAUCACUAUUCUUAAGCACUUUGAAAAUAUUUCUAUGUAAAUUAUUGUAAACUUUUUCAAUGGUUGGGACAAUGGCAAUAGGAUAAAACGGGUUACUAAGAUGAAAUUGCCAAAAAAUUUGUAAACUAAUUUUGUACGUAUGAAUGAAAUCUUUGACCUCAAUGGAGGUUUGCAAAGACUGAGUGUUCAAACUACUGUACAUUUUUUUUCAAGUGCUAAAAAAUUAAACCAAGCAGCUUAACCAUG